CAUCGCUGGCUUCGACCUCGGCUAGAACUUUGACGUCGUCCCCAGAUAUCAAUAUCCCAUGGACUUCGGAGGCUAUGCUCCGAAGGCUGUAAGGGAGUUCGACAAUGCAGGAUCUGGAUGCAAUAACAGCGGCGAGACAAAUCCCAGUCUGAUCGGUAUCCCCCACGGAGCUCUCUCAUGGAACGAUGCGCUCUUAUGGGGCGAGGGAAGUCCUAGCGACCCAAUGGGUCAGAUGGCGGGCGAUAUACAUUAUGAUCAGUCGCAGGUCGACGUUGUGCGCGACUCCAGGGGUGUAAUGAAACGUUUGAACGACUAUGAGCUGUCUGCUGCCAAAAUGGGUUUGCGUCCGAUUCCGCGAGGCAUGGUCAAGAGACUACGACCGCGUAAUGAACCACUCAAGAAUCCAUGCGGCAUACAACGAGGCAUCCUGCGGAGACAUGCAUCCACUGCAAACAAAAGCGAUGGUGAUGCAGACGUGGGCGACGCAUACCAAUCAUCGGCCGGCGAAUCUCGGGAAAAUGUCCAGCGCUUCACCUGUCCACAUUCUGACUGCUCUGAGCGGUCUUUUGGUCCACGUGCAGAUCGAGACAGACAUGUACGGAAACAUAGUGCGACCGAGAGAACGUUCGCCUGCUUGGAACCAGGAUGUGGCAAGCGGUUCUAUCGCAGCGACAAAUUGUUGGACCACUCCAGGCAUGGCCAUCGAUCAUGCACUUGUGGGAAGAGGUGCUAGAGAAGAAGUAUUUCUAAUGAGGCAUCUCAAAUGGCGUGAUAGGCAUCUGCAAUUUCUCGAUUUUGGAAGGUUCUUUUGGAGUUCCCGAACCUUGGGGCUGAAUGGGAGUUUUUCCCGGCGCGGUAUAUUCAUGGCAUAACCAUAGCAAAUCUCUUGUUGUUAGUCAAGAUGUAUCAGCAAGCUUGAAUCAGCUGGGCCUAGAACAUGGCAAAAAACUGUCUCCGAUUUACC